GAGAGGUGAACUCUACUGCUCUGUGGACUGCUUUAGUGCAUCUGAAUUUAUAAAGAGACCAACAUUAGCUAUGGCGAAAUACCGCACAGACUGCAUAGAAAAACCGAUCCGCAUGUGUUUUAGAAUAAUCGGCCACUUCAUAGGAACACACCCGUGGUGGUUCUUCAUCAUCCCUGUCAUUAUCUCAACGGCAUUAGGAAGUGGAUUUUACUCUUUGGAAGACAGAACAUCUAACAAUAUUGAAAAAGAGUUUACACCUCUAGAGGGACCAGCCAAGAUGGAGAGAACUUUUAUUCAAGAAUAUUUCCCACAAAAUCAAUCCAUGUUUUCCAGCUUGAGGUUGAACACAGAUGGAACAUAUGCAUGUUUCAUAGCCACAUCCAAGACAAACAUUUUGACAGUGCCACUACUUGAGGAAAUAUUAGUAUUGGACAGCAAAGUUCGGAACAUGACUGUGGAGUUUGAGGAUGAACUGUUGCAAUAUGUGGAUAUUUGCGCAACAGUGAAUGGAAGUUGUUCCUCCAAUGCCAUAUUGAACAUUAUAGACUACAAUGCCAGCAAUAUUGAUCUUAUUAAUUUGACAUUUCCAACACAUAUUUCUACAUCUGGCAGGGUUUCCUUGAGGUCAACACUUGGUAGUGUGAAAAUAAACAACUCAAUUGUUCAAAGUGCCAAGGCAAUACAACUUUUUUACUAUUUACGAGAAUUCAACGAAACAAGAAGCGACAUUUGGCUGGCUGAGUUUAUUAAGUUGCUCUCAGAAGAAUCAACAAAUGUCACAGAGGUGUCGUAUUCUACAUCCAUGUCAAGACAGUGGGAAUUCGAGAAACUUCCAAAGUCUAUUGUUCCUCUUUUUUCCAUAACAUAUACUAUUACCAUGUCUUUUACAAUUGUUUCAUGUUUAAGGUUGGACAACGUGAGGAAUAAGGUGUGGGUAGCCACCAUUGGAGUCUUUUCCACAGGACUAGCAGUUCUUUCAAGUUUCGGGAUGCUGUUGUUAAUAGGUGUGCCAUUCGUCAUGACUGUUUCUACCUGCCCAUUCUUGAUACUGGGUAAGGGGAAAGCUCCGCCUCCUUUCUCUUCAAACCUUCAUUAGUAUUUGCUUUCCAUUCCUCCACACCUCAUCAAAGACAAACACAUUUGGUAAUUAUUGAAGGUAAAAGAGCUUCAUACCCAGAGGGCAAAUAACUUCCUUCCAGUAUACAACCAGACCAUGACGUAAUUGCAACCAGUUUUGCCCACUGGUUAAGGCCUUCAAAUUCAUAUUCUAGUGUCUCACGGAACAGAUUCUUCUAACACACCACAAAUUCUUUGUUUUAAUGUCACAAAUUACUUAAAUGUCAUGAAUGUUCAUGCCUUUCUCUUGUCUCAACCCACUGGGCACAGACGUCAAUUCAACAUCUUUCCCAAAUUGGUUCCACGUAAUUUCAUUGAAAAUGACAUGGAAGCAACAUUGAUUCAACCAGUGUGUGCCCAGUGGGAAGUCAUGUUCAUGUUUACCGCCUCGCUCAACGACAAACCCUUUGUGUUUAAGGUAUUGGAAUUGACGACAUGUUCAUCAUGAUUUCCUGUUGGCAGAAGACCAAUGUCCAUGAUAGCGUGGUGGAUCGUCUGGCCGACACCUAUCAAGAUGCCGCCAUCUCCAUCUCUAUAACCACGAUAACGGAUGUCCUGGCACUGUACCUGGGCUUCAGCUCACCCUUUGGCUCUGUUCAGAGCUUCUGUCUUUACGCCGGCACAGCUAUCCUUUUCUGUUACAUCUACAACAUCCUAUUCCUUGGUGCGUUCUUAGCACUGAAUGGCCAGAGGGAAACUAGCAACCGGCACUGGUUCACCUGUGUGAAGAUUCCAGUGGAUUGUCCUCCUGGGAAGUCGAGAAGGUAUGCAAUCUGCUGCGUUGGUGGGGCCUAUGAUCAUGACACCGGGACAGAGGAGGAGCAACCAAUUAGCGGCUUCUUUGGGAAGUAUUACGGUCCAUUUCUGACCCAGAAAUGGACUAAAGCGUCCAUUGUAGUUCUCUACGCCGGGUAUCUGGCUGUCAGCGUCUAUGGAUGUGUUGAAAUGAAGGAGGGUAUUGACCUAAGGAACCUGGCUUCAGAUGAUUCCUACAUUUCCAAAUAUUAUGACAAAAGUAUGGACUUCUCUCACUAUGGUCCAAUCAUUAUGGUGGCUGUUAAUGAGUCACUUGCCUACUGGGAAGAAGACCAGCACAAAAAUCUCAACUCCUGCAUUACAGAUUUUUAUAAAUUGAAAUAUGUUGACAAAAACUUCUUUCUUUCCUGGCUAGAUUCUUUCCAAAGCUUUGCAAAGGAUCUUGAUAUAAACUCUGAAAAUACCUUCAUAGGAAACCUGCUUCACUUCUUGGAAAAACGUCCAAUGACCAGUCAGGACAUUAAUUUCGAUGCAGAUAACAAGAUCCGCUCAUCUCGCUUCUUUCUUCAGACGCUAAACAUCAGCACGACAAAGGAACAGAAGGACAUGCUGAUAAGCCUCAGAGAAACUGCUAAAAAAUGCCACAUCAAAUUAGUGGUUUAUCAUCCAUCGUUUAUCUACUUAGACCAGUACACUGUUAUUGUGCAUAACACCACCCAGACUAUCGUGGUUGCCACAGUGUUGAUGCUGGCGAUCUCCUUACUCCUGAUACCCAACCCGCUCUGUUCGCUGUGGGUGGCGUUCUCCAUUGGGUCGGUGAUUGUGGGUGUAGCUGGAUUCAUGGGACUAUGGGACGUGUCCCUAGACUCAAUCUCCAUGAUAAAUCUGAUCAUCUGUAUCGGUUUCUCAGUCAACUUUUCCGCCCAUGUCUCGUACGCCUUUGUCUCGAGCAGCAAGGCCGACUCGAACGAAAAGGCUGUGGAUGCGCUGGCCCACCUGGGUUUCCCCAUAGUGCAAGGAGCUGUCUCCACCCUUUUAGGGGUGGUGGCGCUCUCUUUCUCAGAUAGCUACAUCUUCAGGACUUUUUUCAAACUCAUUUUUUUGGUUAUUACGUUCGGGCUGGUUCACGCUGUUGCUUUCCUUCCUGUGUUUUUGACAUUCGUUGGGAUGUGCAGAAAUGGGUGAUAUAGAUAUGCAACACUAAAUACAUCAUGUAAAUAAAACAUACAAUACUUUUUUUUAUGUUAGUGUGAAUGAAUUAAGGAACGUAAAAUAGGUUACAACCAAUUCACGCCACUAGCUAUUCAUCUUCGGACAUAAUCAUUGGAUAUUGACGUGAAACCACACCUGUUAACAUUACAGCGUCAACCUUUUUGGUUAUCAGUAUGGUUUCCCUUCAUCUGCGAUUGAUUGGUCUGAUUUUCUUAUCUAUGUUUUUCUCUUUGCUGUAAUUUGACAUUUUAUGUACUUAUACUGUAGACUUUAAGCUGCAUUGGCAACACUUGUGUUCUAUAAAAGUUGCAUACUGUAUUAUAAAUAAAAAAUGUCUAUUUUA